UAACAAUUUAUGACUUCUUCUAUUUGCAUGAAGUUGAACACUCGAUAAAAAAUACUGUUCACACGUGAGCAAUUGAUUGUCAAUCUCGUUGACAGCCUGCAAAAUCUCUAACCUUUGAAAAUGUGAAAUUCCCAUUCUAAAAUUCCUAUGUUUCAUUAAUUUCUCGCGAUGACAUUUCAGGAUAAUAAAUGUUUUAUUUCGUCGACGCGAAGACAAAUCAAAGAAGCCGUACUCAACAGCCUGCGAUUAAUUCCUCGUCAAAGUAAAUGUUUUAUAUCAGAAUAACAAACAUUUCAUAAUUGAACGAAUAUCGCAGACAAGAAGUAUCUUCUUUCAUUCAAGACGUUAAAGAGUAUCGAAUAAUUAAUGAAAUUAAUAAAAAAAAAUAAAUCAAUUCCGAUUAAUGCAUUUCUUAAUUAUCUCGUGGUAGAUGACAUCAGAAGAAGACGCAUGGGCUCAGACACGAAUCACGGUAACACCAGAAGACGAUGCGACAAUCAGAGAGAUCGCGAAGUCAACGGUUUUGUCCUCAGCACCGGAUAUACCCUUAAUUCUUGACGACAAAAUCAUAUACAGGCGAUCUUUCAGUCGUAUUCAGUUCCCGGAGGCUAAAGAAUUGAAGGACUCAACUACGGAGCUCAAGAGACUGGACAUUUUGGAGCCAUUCAUACCGAAACAGGACGCAGGAAAUCAAACGUACUUGCAAGGAACACGGAUCGUUCGUAUCUCCGCCGAAUACAAGGAUGAAGCUACGCAAACAGUGUAUAUGACCUCACCAUGUCCACCUCUAACAUAUUUCAAGGAUAUCCUGACGUCGAUGGAUGAAGUUCCGAUGCCGACACAGAAGAGCAGCGCAGCGACGGGUACUAUAAUUAGCUUUCCCCCCGAUGCAUUGCAGAACACUGUAACGCAACAACUGUCCACAAACAUCCCGGAGAAAGAACUUGAAGAAUUCGUAUCCGACUUUAGCAAUGAGGAAAAUGCUAGUUCGGAGAUUCUCGAUAUUUUGCACUUCUUGUUGGCGCGAGCGUUUUGGAUAAUUGAUCCGUCUAGCCAGAAAAAAGGAGAGACAACCGAGAAAGAAACCCAAACGUCCGUCAAGUUCAAUUAUCAAACAAACACGCUUGUCAACGACAGCGAAACGCAAACGGAAUUGACUUGCGAGCCGAAAAAAUCGAACACGAUGCUUCUGUCGAAUUACUGGGAAACUAAGAAUAUAAUUGCAAACUGCUUAGAGGACUGUCUGUGCAAGGGAAUCGAAAAUAAAAUAUUCGUGGACGAAAUAAUUAACGAGAUCAUCGAUAAAUGCAUCAAAAGAAUUAAAUACCCUAUGAAAGAUCAGACUAUGCAAACUAUAGUUACAUACAGGGCGCACGGAGAAAGAGAGGAAGACAUAUUGCGGAAGCUGAGGCGCGGUAUUGUUGUAGAUCCCAUGGAGGCAUCGAUUGUAGUAGUUCCUUUGAUGAAUGAUUUAUUGCAAACUGUUUCUGACACCGUAUCGAAAAAUGCACCAAUGAUAGCCAAGUAUAUUGUAGAGAUUGUACUGCGGAGAACGAUGACCAUAGUCGCUAAACUUAUGGAGCUUCAAAGGGAAACACAACCAAAGCCGAUAGACCACAAGUUGGCGCAAAGAAGAAAAAAGAUCCUUGAUUCAAUGCUGCAAAAAGAAACGGAAACUGUUUACACUCAGACAAACAUAGGCGGAGUUUCCGAAAUUCAGAAAGUGAAGGAUAAGGAGGUCGUGUGCUCCAUUUGUCGAAGACCAUCUGUUUGUCAGUGGUGUGCAGACAGCGAAGGAGAUGUUUCUCGGGAAGACACGAAAAUUCUUCGUACAGAAGACAUACUGCUUGCGUACAAACCCUGUUACAUUAUUACGACAACUUCGGAGAAGGAGAAGAGUCUGCAAUUGUCUUAUCAACCAGUGAAGAAGAUCCAUCAACCAUUAAAGCCUUCUGUAAACAUUUCAGAUGACUCUACCCACGAGUCUGGAGAAACGAUCAACGUAUUUCCAGAAGCUGAAAUUAUGCCACAAGAAUCCAUUAAUGAAUGGUCGUACGUUCUUGAUACCACCUUAAUGAAACCGUUGUCGAUAGGAGAGACCAUCAGCACUUCAAGUCGGACAAUAAAUUCUUCAGACAAAAUGAAUUCAUGCAUUACUUCAAAAGUCGUACCUAGGGAAACCGCAAACGCUUUGGAAAUACUAAAAAAUACAUUCUGCAAUCAAGAAACUUGCAUAACAUCUUCGCGUAAAAAUUUUGGUGAUUGUUAUUUACCUAGGAGAAGGAUAGCUACAUGUAUAAAGUCAACAUGUGAAGCGUGUUUAAAUAGAAGCAGCAGUACUAAUCGAAUAUAUACAUUAGAUACUUGUAGCAUAGAGCAAGCUUGUAAACCUCCUUCAAAAUUGCAUUUACCUAUGGCAAGUAUUUGCAAAAGAGGUACUUCUUCACAGAUUUACAUGAAAUCGUAUGACAACAGCUUUAAAGUUAUUCCUGUAAACCUGUCACAGAUUUCUAACACUCAGAAAGUAUUAAAGUAAAUUAUAUUUGCUUCUUAACAUUUAAUAACAAAGAA